AUGGAACACCACAAAUACGACAGCGAGAAGCAAGUAAAACGCAACCCCCACGGCGACUUCAAGUCCGUCGAAGGCUCCCGCCCAGACUGGCCAGAAGAGAAUAAAUUCCACUACACCAAGAUCCGCAACCCCGACUGGAAGCUCGGCGACGGCGCGAACGACAAUGGCGAGUGCCUGAAAAAGGAACACGUCGAGAUUGACCCUUAUGCUGAAGGUCGCCCUGCUGUUUUCAACUACAAGUUGCUCAUCUCUGCCAUCAUCCCAAGACCGGUUGGUUUCGUCAGCACGAGGAGUAAAGAUGGAAGUUCUACAAACUUGGCUCCCUUCAGCUAUACACAAAUCGUCAACCACGACCCUCCUGUCUUUAUCAUUGGUUAUGCAGGUGGUAUGGAUAACGCCAAAGACUCGCUCAAGAACCUCACCGAGACUGGCGAGUGCGUUAUCAACAUGAUCUCGGAGCACUUCAUCGAAGCCGCCAACUCGACGAGUAUCAAUGCGCCUUAUGGUGUUUCCGAAUGGGCAUUGAGCGGCUUGACUCCUGCACCUUGUUCGCAGGUAAAAGCCAGCAGAGUCAAGGAAGCCAUCUUCUCCGCCGAGUGCAAGUUGAUGAACACGCAAGAAUUCGAGAGCAGAGCUACCCCUGGCAAAAAGACUGGCGUAUUGGCCGUGGUCGAGGGCGUCAGAUUUUGGGCGAGAGAAGACGCUAUCAAUGAAGACAAGAACCUGAUUGAUCCUGCUAUUCUCAAGCCUAUUGCUAGAUUGGGAGGUAUCACCUACGCACGUGUUACAGAGGGCUUUGAGAUCCCUCGUCCCGAUUGGGAAGAGAACAAGGAGUUGGUGGACAAACUCGCCAAACCAAAGGUCGAUGGCCAAUAG